CCAGAAAUUACUGUCGAAUCAUUGGAGCGACGUUUAUUAGUUUAUUGGCGUGCUUACGGUCGCGGCACGGCAAGCCACGGAAUUGGGAAAUGCUCCGCAGCAGAACAUGUCAACUCAAAGCGUCCCCACAGUAGCUUGGCGAUUAACUGCAGUCAUUUAAACCUACACCUGUGCCGCUGUUCGGAUCUGCUUCAUCCUUCCCUCAUUGUACCUCGUGUACAGCUGCUGCAGGAUGCGUACUCUCAGCACCAUCACGAUCCUUCUCUGGGCCUCAUAUGGAGGGCAUGCAGCCUCAGGCGCGUCGUUUGAGACUGUCAAGACAGAGAACGGACCCAUUGUUGGCCAUCGUUCGUCAGGGGCUGAAGCAGUCUGGGAGUACCUUGGAAUACCAUAUGCGCAACCACCACUGGGGGAUCUGCGGUUCGCAGCGCCGCAGAAGUACAAAGCGAACGGUUCGUAUGUCGCGGAGAGUUUUGGAUUCGACUGUCCUUCACAACCAGCUGUUCAACCCGCAUUCCCAGGCUUCACGACCCAAGCUCGAAGAAUACUGGCGUAUUUCACGGGUGCUGCUGGAACACAGCGAAGCGAGGACUGUCUCACUCUGAACAUUUGGGCUAAGCCAACAACAAAAUCUUAUAAGGCCGAUAAACCAGUCUUUGUCUUGUUCCACGGAGGAAGAUUCGCCGGAGGCAACACGAACACGCCAUUCGCCAACGGAAAGUAUCUUGCCGAUGGGGAGGACUUGAUCGUCAUCUCGGCAAAUUACCGUCUGAACGUCUUCGGGUUCCCAGGUGCCCCUGGUGCUGGCACCAAUCUCGGCUUACGUGACCAGCGCCUUGCCGUAGAAUGGAUUCAGAAAAACAUCAAAAGUUUCGGAGGUAAUCCAAAGAAGAUCGUUAUCGGUGGGCAAUCUUCAGGAGGAGUGGCUGUGGACUGGUGGUCCUAUGCCUACAAGCAAAACCCUAUCGUCCAUGGCCUGGUGUCUACUUCCGGCAACGCGUUCAGUUUCCCACUCAACACGCCACAGAAACAGGUGUCAAACUGGUACUCACUAUCCGCUUCCCUGGGCUGCGGAAACUCCUCUUCGUCCGACACUAUCAGCUGUAUGCGCGGGCUGCCCUUCGAGACAAUUUCUGCAGCUGCCUCAAAGAUUGCCCCUAGUCCAGGCGGGAGCCCCGUCCGGUCCACACCGCCCUUUUAUCCCACGGUCGAUAACCAGACUCUGCUGACCGACUACCUUUCGUUAUCCGCAUCUGGAAGCUUUGCGAAGCUUCCUUAUUUCCACGGAUACAACAACUUUGAGCAAGGAUACUACGUCAUCCCAGCCUUCGCCCAAGGUCGCAAUGUCACCGAAGCCCAGGGGGCGCAGCUAUUACUCGAGUCCUUCGUAUGCCCGACAUCUUUCGAAGCACAACAGCGUGCCAACGCCAAGGUUCCUACGUGGGUCUAUCGUUAUUUUGGCGAUUGGGAUAACACUCGCCUCUAUCCGACGAGCGGUGCUUAUCAUGGUACCGAGUUGCACAUGAUUCUUGGUGGUUCAGAGGAUGCUAGUGGUCUUCCUCAGACGCAGGCACAAAAGGAUACGGUGAAGAUCUUUCAAAGAGCACUUGCUGCCUUCGUCGAAGACCCCAAGAAUGGUCUUUCGAAGCUUGGCUGGCCUUCUUUCCAUCCGCACACAAAUAGUGUGGUCGAGAUCGCUGUCGGAAACCAACCAAAUGUGACAUUUGCUAAGCCAGAGCAGUAUGAUGGCCUGUGUGCAAAUGUCACUUUAGGGGCAUUUCAGUAGUGCCAUGAUAAUUGCCUCAUGCUGUCAACUCAUGAUCUUCGCAGAACUUUUUCUGCCAAGUGCUACGUGCAGUCAGUAUAGCUUUGGAUCCAAAGAUUCUCUGACGUGUCCCUCGCCUGGGCGUCUUCUAGUAAUCACGUGUAGAUUGAUGUAUCUAAAGCUGUCCACGACGAUAGCCAGAACAAAAUAUUCCAGCGUUGACUACCAGAGUGCUUUCAACCAAGUCACA